AUGUCACCUGGAUCGUUGACGAAACCUUUGCAAGCUAAUUGCCAAGCUCAGCGAAUAGAUCAGCAACCACCUAAUCAACCACGAAUGAGCGCACUCGAGUUACUAAUAUUCCGAGCACAACGCAUGGGCUUUCGUCGUUCCUCGCUACCACAGAGCGAAUCUAAUUUCUCCUUUUGGGAAAAUAUGUCGGCCGAUCUGCGUGGCAUAAUUGAAGCCUACGUUGCACAAGCCAGAGCUGUGAGGAAAGGAAGGAAAAUUUCAACCUUCCACGAAUUUCUUACUAAAAUGGUGCACGGACCUCGACAUGACGAGGAUCUUUUUCUAUACCAUCUUCUUAAUAAUGCGACAACAACCAUAUUCUUCCGCAACAAAGUUUACUAUGAAUUUCUAAGAGGUUUCUUGGAUGAAUACAUUCUUCCGGCGCGCAGUGCUGUCUACAGGGAACCUUUGUUCAUGUCUGUCAUGAAAGCCUGGAAAAUAAUUCACCUCUUGCAAAUAAGCAGCUCACAUGUGUGGUUUGGGAAACCAUCCGGGACCCACACACUUGUGGCGGGUACGCUGAGUAAAAUCCACGAUGAGUGGAGUGUGAUGUUUAUUGGUCAUUUCUGCCAUGCAAUUCGGGAAAACAAACUCCAAACUCCGACUGGAUUUUGUCCUGAUCCUUGUCUUGCACAGCCUUGUUCGGGAAUUACUGGAACUUCGUCUUCGAAAUGCACUCCGUUUGGUUUCAGUCCACGGGAAUAUGAUUGUGUUUGCCAGCCUCAACAUCAGUGGGUAAGGCCGUCCAGAGAGCGGCCGGAAGUCAGUAACAUACUCGACGGGGGUCCACCUGGAUACGUUCCGGCUGGCGGCGGCGUCGGUCUGUCCACCGCCUGGGAAGAAGUGUUGGAUCAAAUACUGAGCUGCCGGUCACACUCUCCUCUUUCGAAGCUGUCUCAGUUUUCAGCUCAAAAGUAUCGAGCAAUAUGUCCAACGGUAUGCUACCCGAACAUACUUGAGUUUCCGGCCGGAGUUGGUUUUGAUGUCUGGUCCAGGUGUCUUGACCAACCGACACGUCGUACAUUACACUACCGCGUUUGCGCAGGAUACGACCUGCAAUCCAUGAAUCAUGUCCUGGGCGAUAGUCACGGACAAGCACGGGCGUUCCCACCUUGA